AUGAGAAUUUUGAAAAUAUUCCUGAUUUUCCUACAUUUAAUUCAUUCAUUUGUUAUAAAAAAAAAGCCCCAAUGGGAAGAGCAACAAACGUGUAAGAUAAAAUUUCGACUUUACAGAACGAGAUAUUUUAGAAAAUAUAAAACAAUGCCAUAUAUUCGAGACUCUGGAGAAAACCACAUAAAAGAAUUAACAAGGGAGCGAGUUAGACUGAGUAAACGGACAACUAAUUCAAUAACCCUUGGUGCAAAUUUUCUGUUUAUAUGUAAUUUAGAUAACAGACUAUCAUCCAAGGAUGUUACGCAUUUUUUCAAUUAUUUUAUCGGUAACGACAAUUGUGUAGCGCGUAUAAGACGGAAUAAAUACACAGGCAGAAAUGUGGGACAUGGAAUUUUGAAAUUCCAAAAGGCAGAAGACGCAACUCUUGUUCUGCUCAAUUAUCAGGGAAUCAAACUAGGAGAGAAAAAUAUUAUCUUAACAGAGGCAUUCAAAAACGAACAUUUAAAGCAAAAAAAGCACAUAUGUAAUAUCUUACAACCAAACAGAGUGUAA